AUGAUUUUUGGCUCGCGAGCAAGGGAGUCAGUCGGGUUGACACGUUUAUCAGAUUACUAUCAAGCUGUCUGCGCCUUCCGAAUGCCGGCAGCGAAUAAAACCAAGGGAAAUGACCAAGCUUCAUGCAUUGACCAAAUUGGCGGGAAAUCCUGGGGUCCUUUGAUCACGGAUCCUUGGUCACCACAGGACCACACAAAUCCGUUCAAUGGCCGCUGCCGUCCACAGGCCAGCAUGGUCACAAAAAAGUUUGCCAUCUUCGGGCUUACCAGUUUCAAUCAGAGCUAUCGCAUCAUUGCACGAGCCAAAUGGACGUCCAGCAACCUCGUCAGCAGUGGCACGUUUUUGCCCGACCGGUAA